AGGGGAUGCAUCAGUGCUCGCGAAACAGCUGAAGAUUCUGUGUUGUGGAAACUUUUCUCGUAGUGAUCGGGUCCAUUUGUAGUUCCGCGUAACUGUCACUGCUUUAGUGCUUUGACAAUAUUACCUGCGACCUUUCGCAGGUAAGUGUUUAUCACGCGUCUUGACUGGGGCUAUGGUUGGGCGUAACGUGAGGUCCAGAGGCCGUGAAAGCCAUCCACCAACCCAGCAAGGUUCCUCCCGUGCUCCAGUCGAGAUUAUCAACUGUUAUGAUGAAGACGACGAUGUUAUUAUAGAGGAAAACGGAGAGAAGGAGGGCGAACAGCUUGUCAUGGAGUGUGAAGAAGAAGAGCUGACUCCAGAACAGCAACGAGCCUAUGAAAAAGCUGAAAAGGAGUAUGAGAACUGCGAAACGGAACUUCGCACAUAUAGAGAGGCGAAUGUGCCAAUUGUUGAGAUGAACAACUCCCAGAAUGGUAGCGCUGGUUCAAAAAGUACACCUGGGAGAAAGUCGGCUCAAACCUCAUCCAGUGUUGAAGUUUCGCGCCGCUCAAGCGCUCGUAUCUCGUCCACCAACCCAGGCAGCGUUACAUCUAACUCCGUCGGGAAAUCUCGUGCCUCUUCAUCGAACAACGGUAAAAGUCGGGGAUCUACAGAUGACAGUAGCAAGAUGGUGACGCUUUUGGUCGAUUCUCGUACUGGCGGGGUGAUCGGGAGAAUCCCGGAUGAGGCUGCGAACAAGAUGUCACUACCGACAGGAACUCUCAUCCAGCGUGCAUCACGAAGUUCUGUUCAACCUUCGACACCUGUCCUGGACCGUAGAUCAAUGAGUUCAGCCACUGUCACCGCUAGGACUUCCGUAUCUCCGGCUAAACCCAGCCGAGCUUCUGCACAAGUUGGACCUCCUCCGAUUACAACUCGAACUGUUGAGCUGAAAGGCUCACCAGGUUAUGGGAAGCCAUCAAACGGUCCACUAUCCCAGUUUCCUGCUCUUUUCACGUUUCCUAAACCACUGAAUGGCGUUUCAGAUUCCGUUGCUUUGCUGCGACGUAGUAAACUAGAUUCAAAAGUCAAAGCUGCCUUAAUUCUAACUGCGACCAAGUUCACGGAAUUCUUGAUUCAUUCGGGUCUCCUGAGAAAUAAGCAAACGUGCCAGACGCAUAAGACCCCUAAGGGACAAGAAGUCUCCUUGAAACUAGCCAUGUACAAUGAUGCGGGCCGGUUCCCGACGUCUGGAGGCUAUGUGUGGAUAUCUGAUUGCUGCCCGGACAAAUUCGUGUCUGUUUUUCGAGGAUCCGUUUUUGAAGGCAAGAGUCAUUCACCUGUUACGACUCUGAAGCUGAUUUACCACUGGGCAUGUCAAACAAACCCGACGAAUGUGGUCAGUUGGGUGAAGACUGAUGCGUCGUACAUAAACGGGUUCUACAGGGUGAUCAAGACGCUCUGUGCACUUUCUGUGUACUCAGUUAUGCCGAAGUUUGGUGGUCCUGGUGAGAAUCGUUUCGGAUUUUAUCUUUGUUAUCCCUAUCAGUCUCUUGUGGUGUUCUCAGGUAAAGUUGUGGAACUAGCUGCAGUGCAUCUUCACACGAGUUCUCCGGGACAGAAGCUGUCAUCGGUGGAAAUCCUUUGCGUCUUUGACCGAAGCUCGCGACUCGUUCGCCUUCUCGGAAUGGAUCGCGCUCGUACGGCUCCUUCCAAUCGAUACGCCGCGUACCGUCAAUGCAUCGCUGCCGUCGUCCACUGCAAGUCCACCAUCAUCGUGGACAACUCUCUAGACAUAACUGCUGUGGCUGGUGCUUUGCCCACCGCGAGGUUUGCACCUGCGACGUCGGCCAAGGAUACGGAACAGGUCGUGUGCUAUUUGACGAAGCACGUGCCCAAGAUAUUUGCCAACACGCUGGGCACAUUGGAUAUGAACGCGGUGCAGCCGUUUUUGGAUGAGCUGGCUUGGAGGGAGAAAUGGGGACAUUCUGCGGAAGAUGCCUACGACAAUCUGUGCAAGCAGUUGGCUUUUGAAACCAAAGCGUCCGAGGAGAGAGAAUCGUUGCUGAGUAGGCUGAUGAAGCUGGCUUCUACUGGGAAUCAAAAAACCUUUUAUGCACUGGUCCCUCAAACUGCGGAGGAACCUCCUGUAGCUGCUGCGCCUGCAGCGCGAACAAGAACAGUUCAGCAGAAGACUGUAACACCCGUAUCAGCUGCUAAGCAAGGAGGAACAAAGCGUCCAGCGAUGUCAGAGAACCGGUCUGCGAUCGAUGAACAUGCUCUGGCAGCUAAGCGGCUUAAGCCGACGGAAAUGGUCCGUCUCGGGGAGUAUUAUUAUGGGCAAAUGGCGUCGACGAAAACAGUUCCCGCCGGUUCCAACAACGUGUUCAAGUGUCCCGUGUGCCAGAAAGUAUUCAAUUUCAACGUAGCGUUUACUAGACAUUUAUUUAUGCAUCUGGAAAGUGCCCGGUCUUUCUCCAUUGAUCUUGGGGAUUUGACUCUAUGCAAGUAUUGCUUCAGGAAUUUCGGUACGCCGUACGCCAUGCAAACCCACGUUGAGGAGGUGCACAUGCGACGAAACAAUUCGCUAGUUUGUGGAAUUUGCAAUGAGCCGUUCAAGACGAGAAUGGAUCUUAUCGGACACAUGCACGGGAAUCACGUGCAAUCCGAGUUGCCGUAUGGUUGCGAACUGUGCGGCUUCCGAUCCUCCUUCCAUCGCUUGCAACGAUCUCCGCGCGAGGGUGGGGAAGAAGAGAUAAUGAUGCCGAAGCCGGACGAGAAGAAGCGUCGGAAAGGACCACUAAUAUUCCAACCAUCCAUUUAUCCGUCGAAAAUGCUGAAACUAGAUUUGAAAACGCUUAGUUCGGAAUACCUGUGUCAGGAAUGUCACCAGCCACUCACAUCGGCAGCGCAUUUAAAAACCAGUUGGAGUUGCAGUCAUUGCAGAUACUCGACGUGUUGCGACGCGAUGGCCCAGACGCACUUGGCUCGGUUCCAUGGAACCAAGCCCGACUUCGACAUGUCCAAGCCGGUGUGUCUCAAGAAAACCAUGUUUUGCGUGUGCGGAUUCGGCACCUACUCUGGCAACAAGCUCGCCACUCACUUGGCAUUGUGCGGCAAGAAAUCCGCGUAUCCGUCGCGACACAGAGCGUCGCUGGCCACUGUGUCGGCCCAGUCGGCGACUUUUCCGGAGUUGAUCACGCUGGAGGAUGACGACGAGGACCACGGUGGGGCAAUGGAGUAUGCCAACGACAGCGAUGACGACAUGCGUGACAUGGAUGAUGGGUUCGGUGACGGGAUUGAUUGUCGGGUGAAGAAUGGCGGGGAGAACGAUGGUGGGAAGAGCGGAGGCAGGAAGCGAAGGCGUCGACGUCGUCACGGUGUUGAAGACAUCAAUUCCGUAUGGCUCAAAGCAAUCUGGUCAUUCCAAAACAUUCCUUUUCCGGAUAGCGAUGCAUUGCAUGCGGAAGAUUACGAAUAUGUGGAUACGGAAACCCCUGAAGCUUUGCAAGCAGUCGGAUUGCACAAACUUGGUGCGCUGAAAAAAGUAUUGAAAAAGGAUGCCCUUCAACCGACCCUUGUCAAGAAGCAAGCCUUGAAUGGAUCCCUUAUCGAGAAGAAGAUCCUCACUCCAACGCUGAAAGUAGAAUCCGUGGCUGCACCCGUGACAGCAGUCGUGAAGAACUGCUCUGCCCCAGUGCCCAUGGAAAUAGUUCCUGCCGACGAGAUUAAAAAGGAGGUGUCGAAUCCCGUCGUCAAGAAGUCCGAUCCCGUCGUCAUCGAACUGGAAGAUGUCGACGAAGACCCGGUGCUCGCUAUUGAGAAGGGAUCGGAAAUGAUUCCUGUCGACUUGCCUGCGAUGAACGACGACGACGACGAACCCGUGACGGAGGUGAUCGAAGUGAUAGAGGAAGAAGAUUCUGUCAAGUCUGACUCUUCGUCGGAACCGGAGAUCAUUGAGGAAACGUCGAGACCGUCGCAACCGGAAACGGUCCAGGGUCCAGAAUUUCUCAACUCUGAGCAAAGCGUAGUUUCUUUUGCAGAACCUACUACUGUUCGUGAGUCAGGGAAUGUCCUUGCUGAUGCUGAAACCCCGAUUCAAGACCCGACGCUGGCUGCGGUGAUCAACGAGCUCACAACCGGAAACACUCCAGAAGGCAUCAACGUUGACGACGUGGUCGCCGGAUUUUCGUUAGAUACAAAACGUGCGAGAGAAUCUGACGAGUUGUUUGUAGCGUGGUUCGAGGCGAAGGUUGGAUUCGGAAAUCAUUCGAGAAUUUUUUCCAAGUUCGCCGUCUUGAUUUGA